CGGGGGCUGACGGGCGGCCUGGCGGGCGGCGGAGCGGGCGGCCGGGGCGGCGGCGGCGGCGGGGAAGAUGGCGGCGUCCUCCCUGGAGCAGAAGCUGUCCCGCCUGGAGGCCAAGCUCAAGCAGGAGAACCGCGAGGCCCGCAGGAGGAUCGACCUCACCCUGGACAUCAGCCCGCAGCGGCCCAGGCCCAUUAUUGUCAUCACCCUAAGCCCCGCUCCCGCCCCGUCCCAGCGAGCAGCCCUGCAGCUCCCGCUGGCCAACGACGGGGGCGGCCGCUCCCCGUCCUCCGAGGCCCCGCAGCACCCCACGCCGCCCGGCCGGCCCCGCCACAUGCUGGGGCUCCCGUCCGCCCUCUUCGCCCCGCGCAGCAUGGAGAGCAUGGAGAUCGACCAGAAGCUGCAGGAGAUCAUGAAGCAGACGGGGUACCUGACCAUCGGCGGCCAGCGCUACCAGGCGGAGAUCAAUGACCUGGAGAACCUGGGCGAGAUGGGCAGCGGCACCUGCGGCCAGGUGUGGAAGAUGCGCUUCCGGAAGACGGGCCACGUCAUCGCCGUCAAGCAAAUGCGGCGCUCGGGGAACAAGGAGGAGAACAAGCGCAUCCUCAUGGACCUGGACGUGGUCCUCAAGAGCCACGACUGCCCCUACAUCGUGCAGUGUUUCGGCACCUUCAUCACCAACACAGACGUGUUCAUCGCCAUGGAGCUGAUGGGCACCUGUGCGGAGAAGCUCAAGAAGAGGAUGCAGGGCCCCAUCCCCGAGCGCAUCCUCGGCAAGAUGACGGUGGCGCUGGUGAAGGCGCUGUUCUACCUGAAGGAGAAGCACGGCGUGAUCCACCGCGACGUGAAGCCGUCCAACAUCCUGCUGGACGAGCGCGGCCAGAUCAAGCUCUGCGACUUCGGCAUCAGCGGCCGCCUGGUCGACUCCAAGGCCAAGACGCGCAGCGCGGGCUGCGCCGCCUACAUGGCCCCCGAGCGCAUCGACCCCCCGGACCCCACCAAGCCGGACUACGACAUCCGGGCGGACGUGUGGAGCCUGGGCAUCUCGCUGGUGGAGCUGGCCACGGGGCAGUUCCCCUACAAGAACUGCAAGACGGACUUCGAGGUGCUCACCAAGGUCCUGCAGGAGGAGCCCCCGCUGCUGCCCGGCCACAUGGGCUUCUCGGCCGACUUCCAGUCCUUCGUCAAGGACUGCCUCACUAAAGAUCACAGGAAGAGACCAAAGUACAACAAGCUCCUCGAGCACAGCUUCAUCAAGCAGUACGAGACGCAGGAGGUGGACGUGGCCUCCUGGUUCAAGGACGUCAUGGCGAGGACGGAGUCGCCAAGGACUAGCGGGGUGGCGAGCCAGCACCACCUGCCCUUCUUCAGGUAGCCCGGGGAGGACGGAGCGCCGGGAGGACGGGGCGCCCGCCAGCCAGCCCGCGACGGGCGGGCGGACACUGGGCCUCGGGCCCCGCCCACCCACGGACACUGUGAACGGAAGACAGACGCGGCCGCCCCGCGCCAGCGAGCGAGCGAGCGAGCGGACUUAUUUAUUCAAUCCCGGCCUCCGGGCCGGGGCCCCGGGGCCCAGAGAGAGCCCCCGUCCCCCCAGAGUCUGACUGCCCUCCCUCCUCCCUCCUCCUCCUG